CUACCGCACUCAGCUCGCACCAUGAGCUCAGUCCUCGCUGCCGCUCUGGCGGUUCUCGGGCUUCUGGGCGGAGGCGACGCGCGUGUUUUGACGAGGUGCGGGCUUGCCAGAGUUCUCGUGUGGUACGGAACACCCAGGGACCUGGUGCCGGACUUCGUGUGCCUCGCUGAAGCAGAAAGCAGUCUCGACACCGCAAAAGUGGCCACCACGGAUGGAAGUGCGCGAAAUGGUUACGGCAUAUUUCAGAUAAACGACACAGAGUGGUGCUCCUCUUCCGGCAUUAACCGCUGCAACGUGAGAUGCGAGGAGCUCCUUGCGGACGACAUCAGGCAGUCUCUCGCUUGCGCCAACCUCAUCUACAGCAACGCUCUCCGUUACAGCGAGUCGGGUUUUGAGCCAUGGUUGGGGUGGAAGGAAAGUUGCAGGGGCCAAGAUCUGACGAAGUUCAUGGAUGACCAGACGACAGGCAAAGCGUGUCUCUAUUAACUUUCUAAUAUCAGACAGUAAACCAACACGAAUAUGUACACAGUCCC